UAUUGCCCCUUAUUUUCUUCUCCCACUUUCUCAUUUCUAUCCUUCACUUCUAUCUCUCACUCUCUGGCCUCUACGUGAAAUCCAUGAUCUACCAUGACUCUCCGGUGCGGGAGGGGAAGUGUUUUUACCAAUUCUCCGUAGGACAGGUAGGUUCUUUCUCUCUCUUGUUUCUCCCUAAUUUUCUUCCCAAAUAUUUUUGCCCUAAUUUUCUUCCCAAGCAUUUUUGCACUUGGGCCAUUCUUUUAUAGUUGCACUCUCUUUCACUUCUGAAAUCAAUUUCCAUUCUUUGCGAAUACCCCAGCCUUUACCCUCCUUUUCUAGUAGGCAAAUGACUGUCCACCAUGACAAACAUUGCUUUUAGAGCUUCUAAAAAGUUCACUCAGAAAAAUCCAGGAAGCAAAAUCAAAGAUACCACAUAAUCUGUCUUCAAUUUAAUUUCAGCUAUUACUGAAGUUACAAACCAAAUACCCCAUUUUUAACUUUUCAGCUUUUAGAUUAGAAUCUCUGCCAGCAUACUUGGUCUCACAGCCCUGACUAAAGCUGAAAAAUCGAACCUGAUGUUUAACAUGGAAAAUGAUGGCACUGCCACUACCUGAGUGAUGCUGUUCAAUGAAGUAAAUGAAUUCUUCAGAAUAAUGAAUUAGCCCUGUAAUUAAAUGAAUUCUACCUACCUAUUGUGAUCUUGUCAUAUGAUCUGAAACAUGUAAUGACUCUUUGUGCCGAGUCAGCUCUAAAAGCAGGAGAAUAAGUGGUAAUGGGUUAGAAGAAUAAAUAUGCCCGCCUCGAAAACGGUCAAGGGACCCGGGAAACCUGCACUAGGAAACACGCCCUUCCCCCCAUUUGUUUUGGUCGGAGUACUCGAAUGAAGCGAGAUUAUUAUUGUUAUUAUUAUUCUUAUUUUUACCUUCCCUUCCCAUACCCCUAAAAUUUAGUGCUUGGAAUUGAAAUACAUGCAUCUUUUGGAUAAAUUUCAGCAACGGAAGACACGGAAAUGGUGAAUUUAGUUGAAAUAGACCUACAAAACUCAAAGUCUCAUGUUAUGCCUUUUGUUGCUUCACUACAGCUAAGGUAGAAUGAGGUUAUUUUGACUGUUGAGGGCCUCCCACUGUUGCGGUAUCGAGUGUUCUAUGACUCAAAUUUUUUGAAGGGUCAGUGGUUGGGUGGGUGAGCAUUGGAAAUGUGGCUUCGACAGUCAAAAAAGUCUGUGGCACGGUGGUAUGCUCUGUAUGUCUGUGAGGUGCUUGUCAAAAGUCUCAAUGAGUAUUUAUCUUGUGUCUUGUGAUGAAAAUUCUGCGCAAUUUUCUGGGCUCCUCCAAUAAUCAAAAUAUGUGGUGAUUGUGAAAAGAGCCAUGGCUUGGUGUGUGUUGUGGGCUGCAAAGUGGGACCCUUCUCCAUUUGCAAGGCUAGUAACUCCUCUCUCUCGGAACGAUUGAUAGUGGAUUGUUUUGUGACACAGUUUGCAUGCUCUGUCAGUUUACUUUCUUUCAAUUAGUUUUCAUCGGGCUUGUCCGAGAAUCAUUUGGAAGUGAUUUUAGCCAAUGAUGAAGUCCCCAAAGAUCCCAUUUCAGAAAAUUUCAACCCCAAGAACUUCUAUGGAAUUAACAAAUGUGGCGAAAUUGAUAGAAAGGAAGUGGAAUCCAAUUCCUCUGCCACAUGGAACCAUCCCUGAACCUAAAGGCCAAGACCUUGAUUAUGUGAACGUUGCUCAUAGUCAUCUUAUACAUUUUGAUUGGUGUAAGCUUGAUAAAUUGGCCUCUGGUUUGACCCCAUUUCGAGUUAAGCAUUUAUUGUUGAGAACGCAAAAGGAUUACGUUCUUUCACUUGAAUUUUUCAAGUGGGUUGAACUCAAGAACUCGAGCUCAAUUAGCCUUCAAACACAUUCCAUCAUUCUGCAUAUUCUUACUAAAAAUAGGAAAUUUAAGUCGGCUGAGACAAUCCUUAGGAGAGUCAUUCAAUUGAGUUUGGGUUCAUUGGAUCUUCCUUCUAAAUUGUUUGAGGCCUUAGUGUAUUCCUAUCGAAUUUGUGAUUCUUCACCCCGUGUUUUUGAUGCAUUGUUCAAGACUUAUGCACAUCUGAAGAAGUUUAGGAAUGCCACAGACACAUUUAGUCUUAUGAAGGAAUACGGGUUCUUGCCUACAAUUGAGUCUUGCAAUGCAUACUUGAGCUCGUUGAUUAGUUUGAAUAGGUCUGAUAUUGCAUUAUCAUUUUACAAAGAAAUGCAAAGGUCCCAUAUUUCCCCAAAUGUUUAUACUCUUAACAUGGUGAUUGGUGCUUUCACCAAAUUGGGGAAUACAGAAAAGGCAGUUAAGGUGUUUAAGGAGAUGGAGAAGAUGAAUAUUAGUCCAACUGUCGCAUCGUAUAAUACAUUGAUUGCAGGAUACUGUAGUCAGGGUCUUCUGAGCACUAGUCUGAAGCUCAAGAAGCUCAUGGAGAAGAAUGGGCUCCGUCCAAAUGAGGUUACGUACAACACCCUCAUGAAUGCUUUUUGCAAGGCAGGGAAGUUGCACGAAGCUGGUAAGCUUUUCAAGGAAAUGAAAACCAUGGAUGUUGCUCCUAAUACUAUAUCCUACAAUAUAUUGAUUGACGGUUACAGCCAAGCGGAGAACAGUGAGAUGGCUGGUCGUCUUUUUGAGGAGAUGUCAGUAAAUGGUAUUAAGGCAGAUAUAAUCACUUACAAUGCAUUGAUUUUGGGACUAUGUAAAGAGGGAAAGACAAGGAAAGCUGCAUAUCUGGUGAAAGAGCUGGAUAGAGAAAAAUUUGUUCCAAACUCUUCUACCUUCUCUGCUAUUAUUACUGGGCAAUGUGUUAGAAAGAACUCUGAGCGUGCUCUUCAACUCUACAGAAGCAUGAUAAGGACUGGUUGUCAUCCAAACAAAGUGACACUGGGGAUGCUGAUAUCCACUUUCAUUGAGAAUGAGGAUUAUGAUGGAGCUGCUAUGGUUUUGAGGGAGAUGCUUGAGAGAUCCAUUUCCCCUGAUCCAGGUACUUUAUCAGAGCUUUGCAAUGGACUUUGUAAAGAUGGCAAAGAAGAAGUGGCAACCAGUUUGUGUAAAGGGUUAGAAGCUAGGCAUCUCAUGCCAGAAAGUUUUCAAAAGACUUGAAUCUUUAGCUCUAGACCAAAAUCUUUGGACGACAAACGUGAAGAUGACAAUUCAACCUCAAAAAAUUGAAGCAUAAGAUGAAUUGUGUUGUACUGUUUCUUGCUGAAAGAGCAAAUGUCCUAUCUGGCAGAUAUCCUGCUCUAUUAGUUUGUCGACAAGGUCACGUGGUAGAGUGGUAUACUUUGUGGGUCUCACCCUAAAGUGUUUCAAAUUCAUCAUGCCGUUUGUAAGAGGAAUUUUAUCUAUUUAUCAUCAGGACACGAGCGGAUUCAGGUUUUGAGAGCUUUGAAGCAGUAGUGCAAGUGCUACAAGUCUGCUUUGGUUACUUGCAAUAUAUGUUUUGAGCCCCUCUAACCGAAUCGCUUUGUACAAUUCUCAUAACAUCUUUUCAUUCCUAACACCUAUAAUUUACUUAUUUGUUUUGUUAGCAAGUUAAUUCUGUGUUCUUAUCAUGUUAAUUGGAUAUUCAUAUUUCUCUCUUUUUAGAGAGUGAUGGUUUUUUGAGUUGGUGAAGUAUUGGUGGUGUAAUUAUUGGUAACUUUGGGAUGGUGUAUAUGCGAUUUACAUUGACAAACAAAUUAUUCCAAAUUUUCUGAGUUUUUGCUUUGUUAUUUGUACAUAUUUGCACUUUUUUGAAUUAAAGAUAUUACACUGAUGCUCCAUGUACACUAAUUUUUUUGGUGUGUUAUGAGAGGGUAUUGCGUGUUCCAUUUGCAACACGUAAUCCACUAAUAGCAGUCCUUAAUUACCAAGUAAUAAUAGUGGCCUGUCACCAUUAUUUGGUGAUCAAUAAUUGGUACUAGUAUAUCACGUGACAAUAUCAAACACUGAAAAUGAAGCAUCUAAUAUUCUUUCCUCAUUAGCCAAUGGAUGGUUAGAACAUCCCCCAACCCCCCCCCCCGGGCGCGGAGUCGAGCUUCCUCUUGCUUAUGGAUAGCACUUAGUGGUCUUUAGAUUGAUUUACUCCAAGAAAUUUAGGAUUUGAAUGACAUGGAAAAUUUAGUUUAAUAGUAAACAAAGCGGUGCAAUCUUGAGGCUGAAAAGUCAACGGCAGCUUCCAAGUAGAUGGGCCAAUAUACUACAACAAAACCUAAAUUCUGUAGAUGGGCUGGGCCAAGCAGCCUACUAGCAUUUUCGGGAGUGGUGUCCGGUUGCCCAGCAUCUCCAUUCCUGCAACAGCAUCUCCAACAAGGGCGAAGUUGGAGAUAUAAUGGUUUCUCCAACAACAGCAUCUCCGUUCAGAGGAAUGCUGCCCAAACCAAAAAUAUGUGUUGGCAGAUUAUGAAGAUAGAAGGUUAUAGCGAAGAAUUUCUGGACUUGGUAUUCGAUCAUUUAGUGCAAAAUGAGAAGCUGGGAAAAGCAUUUAUGGCAAAGGGUCAAAGACUUCGUUUGAUUUUUCUCGAGAGGUUCAAGAAAUAUUGGGGUGUCGAAUGAAGUACUUAUUAUGUGAUGGCAGCGAGGAUCGUUUAUUGCCAUGAAUUUAUUUGAGAGAGGAAGCAACAGAAACUGUGUUAUAAGCAAGCAUCACAUUCUUGGAAAGUCUCUUCAGCUGCGUUGUGUUUUUUUUUUUUGUCAUUAUCUUUUGUAUUUAUAGGAAAACCACUUGCCUUGUUUUGGAAGUACUAGGUUUCCAGAAUUCAGCUUAAAGUAAUAUACCAAUUCCUUUGCACCCGUUUUUGUUAUAAAGUAGUGAGAUUAACAGCCAA